AUUCACUCCUUUCCUCGUCUCGGACCCUUCUUCAGUUACGCCAGCGCCGCUGUGCCAAGAACAGCAAAGCUGUGGUCAGGGCAGAGGAACUUGCAAACCAAGUUGCUCACACGGCGAAACGAAGAUUGCUUUUUGUGGGCAAGGGAACCAGUGCAUGUGCUGUGCUUCCAAUGCGCCGCAGCAGUGCGAAGAACAGCAAGGUUGUGAUCAGAGAGGGGGAACUUGUAAACUAAGUUGUUCAGGCAACGAGACGAGGAUGGGUUCUUGUGGUCAAGGGAACCAGUGCAUGUGUUGUGUUUCCAACCCGCCGCCACAGUGCGACGAACAGCAAGGUUGUGAUCAGAGAGGGGGAACUUGUAAACUAAGUUGUUCAGGCAGCGAGACGAGGAUGGGUUCUUGUGGUCAGGGGAACCAGUGCAUGUGUUGUGUUUCCAACACUGUUCCUCCUACCCGUCCUCCCAGUGGAUAUACGUGUUCGACCAAAGCGGUGUGUUCUCAGAAUGGCGGAACUUGUAAACAUAACUGCACAGCUAACGAGAGGAAGAUGGAUGGCAGGGGUUUGUGUGAUCCGGGAAGCUAUUGCAAGUGUUGUAUUCCUAAGGGAGCAAACCACCCCUGCCAACGCCCUUGUGUCGCCGGAGAUAAUCGCACCUGCCUCUACGAGUUCCACAUGCAGACCUACCACACGUUGAGCCGCGCCUGCUACGACUGCCCACAGAAUCUGACGGACUGCUCACGUAAGGAGUGUAUCCCUGGCGAUGGCGUGUCCCGCCCGCUCGUCGUCGUCAAUCGUGAGCUGCCUGGUCCCUCCCUGCAGGUGUGUGAAGGGGAUCGCCUACUAGUGGACGUUCACAACUCUGUGCUUGGCUGCACCGACUCGAUCCACUGGCACGGGAUACACAUGAAGAACCAACAGUAUUACGACGGCGUGCCUUAUCUCACGCAGUGCCCCAUUGCUGGCAAUGCCUUUCGCUACGACUUCCGGCCCGAUGAUCCUGGCACGUACUGGUGGCACUCUCACUCCGGUCUGAAUCGUGGCGAGGGCGUCUUCGGGGCCUUGGUGGUGCGGCAAGCAGAGGACCCUCACCGCAACCUCUACGACACCGACCUCCCCGAUCAUGUCAUGGUCAUUCAUGACUGGGGCCAUGUGCCGAUCACCUCGAAGUUCGCGAGUCGUCAUCAUAGCACCGACGACGACUUUGUCAGAACCAUCUUGAUUAACGGAAAAGGAAGGAACACCGCCAUCCAGGCGGAGCAAGGCGUGGGGGCAACACCAGUGCCGUUGCCGCUGGAGGUGAUAAAAGUGGUGUCAGGAAAGAGACACAGGCUAAGGAUCAUCAGCACCUCCGUUCUCAACUGUCCCGUCAUUGUCUCCGUGGACGGCCACCGCCUCACCAUUAUUGCUACUGACGGGAGUCCUAUAAAGCCCUUCGCCACGGACUCGUUUGUCAUAUAUGCCGCGGAGCGAUUUGAUGUUGUGAUUGAGGCAAACCAGACGGUCGACAACUACUGGAUCAGGUUCAACGGACUUAUCGACUGCCAGCAGUUGCAAUGUGUGCAGGGCGCCGUGCUGCGCUACGACGGGGCCCCUGACCAAGACCCGACCGCACCUCUCACCUACACCGCCGACUACCCCUCAGGCGUGGUAGUGAAUCCUCUCAACACUGCUGGAGACGCACCGGAGGAGGUCACUAUAGCCGAACUUGAUGCCCUUGUGUCCAGCAGUCUGUCCACAAAUGUUGACAAGAAGUUCUAUCUCGGCUUCGAUUUCCAUCGAGUCAACAAUACACUUAUCUACAACCCAUACCUCUACCCCUAUAAUGGAGUGGGUGACGAAUGGCGGAUCAAUUCGCCAAUGAUUAACGGCAUCGCCUUUAAACACCCGCAAUCCCCACCGCUUUCCCAACCCUACGCGGAAACCCCGACGCUCUGCAAAUACGACGAGACACCUUUGUGUGAGGGAGACUUUUGCAGCUGCUUCUACGUGCUGGAAGUAGACCUGCACGAGACGGUGGAGUUUGUGCUGGUGGACGAGGGCAAUGUUGGAGACGAGAACCAUCCAUUCCACCUGCACGGCUACAACUUCGAAGUGGUGGCCAUAGGAAGGAUUGGAAGCAUGACGACAGUGGCAGAGGUGAAGGCGCUUGACGCUGCAGGUGGCAUCAAUCGAAAGUUGGAAAACGCAGCCAAAAAAGACACUGUCACCAUUCCUGACGGUGGUUAUGUUGUUAUCAGAUUCACUGCUGACAAUCCAGGCUGGUGGCUGAUGCACUGCCACCUUCUCUUCCAUAACGUUUUUGGAAUGGCGGCCGCCCUGCACGUAGGGAAACCCGAGGACUUGCCGCCCGUACCUGAAGGUUUCCCCACCUGUGGCGACUUCGUGCCUCCCUACGACUAGUGGGCACACGUCAAACAUUGCUGCACCAAACCACCAGACUAUCUUAAACUCUUUUAAAUUACGUAUACAACCGCUAUUACUGAAAUGCAUGUCGAGCAUCUUUUCUCAUAAUUAGCAACUAACUUUGAUAUCUUAAAAGAUAAAAAUAAGAAACAAAGUAAAUGAUUAAAUACAAAAUAUGAAGUAUUAUAUAAAAAAUAAAG